AUGCCGUCCCUGAACGAAGGAAUCCUCGACUCCGGCACCUGGUCGGACGUGGGAGACGAGAAAUCGAUGCCCGCCCGGAGCAGGUGGCAGUCGUACGGAAACUUCACCUGGGUCACACACUCCGCGAGGAAUUUUCUGAGUCGUUUCUGGCCAUCUCGCUCAUCCGCUUCAGCCAAGAACGUACAUCCGACAGCCUACCUCGACGGUCUGCGAGGGUUUGCCGCCUUGCUCGUCUACUGGCACCACCACGAGCUCUGGUCGCAUACGGGUCAGUCGGCCCUCUUUCAGGACGGAUUCGGCCGCGAUGGAGACUACAGGUUCGCGUCUAUUCCGGGCGUCAGGACAUUCUUCACCGGCGGGCACUACUCGGUGUCUACCUUCUUCGUCAUCUCGGGCUACGUGCUGGCGCUGAAGCCCCUCAGCCUGUUCCUGGCCGGUAACAGGGUCGGCUUGGGUGAUCACCUUGCGUCUUCCAUCUUCCGCCGUUGGAUACGCCUCUACCUUCCUCUCUUUGCCUCGGUCAUGGUAUAUUCGAUGAGCUGGCACAUUCUGGGCAUCUGGGUCCGCGCAGCACCUCAGCAGCCAACCUGGCGUGAGGAGCUCUGGGCGCUCUACACACAGGCCAAGAACUUUAGCUUCGUCUUCAAUUCUGGCGGUGACCCUUGGCUGCACUACAACGUCCACCUCUGGUCGAUUCCCUUGGAAUUCAGGGGCUCCAUGGUCAUCUACGCCAGCAUCCUGGCCUUCUCAAGAUGCUCGGUCAGGAACUUCUUGUGGUGCUCGGUGGGCCUGCUCUUCUAUUUCAUGUACAUUGUUGACGGAUGGUACUGCGCCAUGUUCAUGUCGGGCCUCAUCAUCUGCCACCUGGACCUUCUCUCCGGCCAGGACGAGCUACCGUCGUUCCUGGCAAGGCUGGAGCCGUACAAGACGUUCAUCUCGUACCAUAUGCUGGCCCUGAGCAUCUACCUGGGCGGCGUGCCGAGCGAGAACAACGACGUCGACAACCUGGCCAAGAACCGUGGCUGGUACUACCUGUCAUAUCUCAAGCCUCAGGCUGUCUUUGACUACAAGUGGUUUUACCUAUUCUGGGCAGCCACGCUCCUGGUGGCGUCAGUACCGCGCAUCCGCUGGCUCAGGAGAUUCUUCGAGACGUCGGCGUGCCAGUAUCUGGGGCGCAUCUCUUAUGCGCUGUACUUGGUCCACGGGCCCGUCAUCGCCGUUGUGGGCGACAGGCUAUACCUGGCGGCCGGGUGGGAGCUCGAGGACGAGAGCAGGGCGAACAUUCCCUGGUGGUUCAACAAGAUGGCUCUCCCACGAAAGGGGCCCAUGGGUCUCGAGCUGUCGUUUCUCCUGCCGCACAUCAUCCUCUUGCCGCUGACCAUCUUCCUGGCCGAGCUGGUGACGAGGGGCAUUGACGGGCCGAGUGUGAGGUUUGCGUCUUGGGUGUACCGCAGCGUUUCGUCGCCAGAGGCAUCGCCCCGGAGGCCGAGUGCAAAGUCGCUGUUUGAUGAGUUGCCAAGGGACGAAAACAAGCGGAGCUGA